UUUGUAGGCAAUUAUGAUGUAAAAUGAGGUAUCAUAUAUGCAAAACAUGUAUAAUUAGCCUAGUUGAUUUGUUAUGAAUUCUGGCUCCUGCAGCUAUGGACUUGGCAAAGUCACUGAACCGAUCCAGGGUCAACCCUUCUACUCCAGCAUCUUCUUUAUCUCCACCCAUAUCUGACUCUUCAUCCACCUUCUCCUCCUCCUCCCCAUUCUCGGCCCCUUCCUUUUCUGGCCUGGACCUCCUGUCUGACCUGAAGCCCAUCUUCAUUCCUCUCUACUCUGCCGUGGUGCUGGUUGCCUGCUCCAGCAACCUCCUCCUGCUCUUUCUUAUCUGGCACAACAAGAAAAGACACAACACCACAAACUUCCUCAUCAGUAAUCUGGCACUGGUCGACCUGGUCAUGUGCAUUUUCUGCGUCCCUUUGACUGCAUCUUAUGCUUUUGACCAGCGUGGAUGGGUGUUUGGUCCCCACAUGUGUCAUUUUGUCACUGUCAUGCAGUCUGCAGCUGUCUACGCAGCGGUCCUGUCCCUCAUGGCCAUCGCGGUGGAUCGAUAUGUGGUUGUGGCUUAUCCCAUUCGCAAAAGAGCUGGGUGCCAGUUCUGCUGGGGUCUGGUGGUCAUGAUCUGGCUGUCCUCUCUGGCUUUAUCCACACCUAUAGCACUUCACACCGUCCACCUGGACCUGCGGGCUGCGGGGCUGCAGAUGACAGUGUGUGAGGAGUUCUGGGAUGGCCAGGAGCGAGGCCGCCUCAUCUACUCCUGUUUCAUUCUAUUCUUCUCCUACUUUCUCCCACUGGCUGCUGUCUCCAUUUCCUACUGUGCUAUAACCCAUCAUCUGAAGCAGAGGACCACGUCAGGCUUGACAGCGUGUGAAGAGUUGAGAUCUGCAAGGGCUGCAUGGAGCAGACGGAGGAGGAAGACCUUCUACCUGCUGCUGGUGUCCGUCCUCUGUUUUGCCUUCUCAUGGCUUCCCUUACAGGUGGUGAAUCUGAUCCGUGACCUGGACACAGACUUCUCUAUCUUAGGGAAGAAUUACGUGAACAUCAUCCAGGUGUCAACUCACCUGCUCGCCAUGAGCUCCGCCUGCUACAACCCUUUUAUUUACGCCUCAUUGCAUGACAAGUUCCUGUCCUACCUGUGCCGCAACUUCCUGUCCCGAAGGAGAAGAAAAGGAAAGGACAGGGCUCAAUUGUCAAGCAUCCUGACAGUGUCACACAGAGUACAGCGCCUUCCCACCUCCACGACUAUGGCAGAUUUAUCAGGUGCUGUUGUAAAUAAUGUCAUACCUCAAGACAACUACACUUAAAUUGUUGUUUCACUUGAAUACUCACAAUAAUGAUAUCCGCUAGUGAUUUCCAGGGUUACUUCUUCAUUCCAAAUUUAAUCUGAAUCUUGUCAGUCUUCAUACUGACAGGCAAAUUGAGUAUAAAGAAAUUCCAUUUAAAGCACACCGAAACUCAAAAACUCACUAAGUGAAAGUGAGGCUUUCAUAAAGCAGCCAGUUUGUACAGCAUGUCAGUCACAAACAAAAAUACGCAACAGCUCCGUCUCUUUGACUGAAUUUCUACAGACCUGUGUAAAAAUGUUAGCCUGCUUUGAAUUAAAAGAUAUACAGUAUGAGUGUAAUGAUUUAUAUUUUAACAAAUGUAUAGGCUACUGAAAGUCUAUUUAGCACUGAAGAUAUGCUACUGUGAUUUUAAAAAAUAUACUUUAAGCAGUGAAUUUGCUCUUUUCUUUGCAAAAAAUACACAAUUACAUAGCGUGCUGUUCUAAUCUAGAUGUUUAAUUGCCAUUCCUGUCCACUUUAACUGAUAGUGUAUUAGGAUAAUUGUGUGUAUUACAUGUGUUUUCUAUUCUAUUUGGUUGAACUUCAUUGUGUAAACAGGGUUAUUUAAAGCAUCACUCCCUCUUCAUUCAUUUAAUGUUGGUUGUGUGAUAUAACAGGAACAUGAAGCGUUUCUGUGAUAAUGAAAGAAUCAUGUAUUUCUGUCAUUCACUUUGGUCUUGAGCCACAGAUUGCUUUUCACACUUUCUGCUGUCACUGUGACAUUUGAUGAACACAACGCAGCAAAAUCUGCAGCGUGUUUAAAUGUCAACUUUUAUAUGGUGAGAGAAAAAAAGCGUUCAUUUGGAUAUGUAAAACAGUAAAGAGUGAAUAAACAUUAGAUAACAUUUUAUGAAUAGAGAAAUAAAAGGUUUACAACUUCAUUGGGCAAUGAUCUGACUUCCAAGUAAAUGCAAAUGAUGAGUUAACUUGUGAUGAAUUUGAAUUUGUUUUACAGAACAUGCUUGUUUAAAUAUUGUCCAAGCUGCACCACUUGAAUCACUAGUCUCACUGAUUGGGCUUUGAGCACCAACAGCUCAGAGUAUCUCUGCUGGAAGAUAAGUCACUUUUACCUGAAAACAACCAUUCGAGUGAGUAAUGCACCAUUGCAGGAGUUCUCAGAAUUUUCCAACCUGUCACCUCGUUUGUAAGUCCUGAAGUUGUCAUGAGCCUGGCCAUUAUAGAGCUGUCAAAUUGCCGUGAAUGUGAGAAUGGCAUUGUUCUGUAGGUUCCUCUCGCAAGAGCAUGACUAGAGCUCCAAAUUAUAUUCAGUGGAUAUAGUGCUAUAUUUAAAGCAAACCCAUAUCAAACAGCCUUACAAGUUCCAUCGUUUUUUUUCUCUGAUAUGCAUU